AUGGUUUUUGCCCGACAGGCAUUCUUUAUCUUCAACCAGAAGGGCGAAGUCCUCAUCUCGCGUCUUUAUCGCCCAGACGUACGUCGAUCAAUAUCCGACGUCUUUCGCAUCCAAGUGAUCUCCAGCAGCGACGUCCGGUCUCCCAUAAUCACACUCGGCUCGACAAGUUUCUUCCACGUUAGGAUAAACAACCUUUACCUCGUCGCCGUAACGAAGAAUAACGCGAAUGCAGCGCUGGUGUUCGAAUUCUGCUACCGCGUCAUCUCGAUCUGCAAAUCCUACUUCGGCAAGGUAGACGAGGAGUCCGUGAAGAAUAAUUUUGUGCUUAUAUAUGAGUUGAUUGAUGAAAUCAACGACUUUGGAUACCCCCAGAACAGCGAGAUCGAUACCCUGAAGAGUUACAUUACGACAGAGAGCGUGAUUUCGUCCCAGAUUGCUGCUGAAGAGUCCUCGAAGAUCACGUCACAAGCGACUGGCGCGACGAGUUGGAGGAGAGGUGAUGUCAAAUACAAGAAGAACGAGGCGUUCGUCGAUGUGGUGGAGACAGUCAACCUCAGCAUGAGUGCGAAAGGAACCGUCCUCCGCGCGGACGUCGAUGGACACAUUGUCAUGCGCGCCUACCUCACUGGAACCCCAGAAUGUAAAUUUGGCCUGAACGACAAGCUCGUGAUCGACAAGAGCGAGAAGGGGACGAUCGACGCCGUCGAGCUGGAUGAUUGUCGGUUCCAUCAGUGUGUGAGGUUGAACGAGUUUGACUCGACGAGGACUAUCAGCUUUAUUCCGCCGGAUGGGGAGUUUGAGCUCAUGACGUAUCGAGCGACUUCAAACGUCAAGCUUCCGUUGAAGAUCAUUGCGACGGUGAACGAGAUCGGAACAACGCAGGUCUCGUACGUCGUCGUCCUGAAAACGAACUUCAACAACAAGCUCUCCGCCACCAACGUCGUCCUGCGGAUACCUACGCCCUUGAACACGACGAGCGUGGACUGUAAAGUCCAGAACGGAAAGGCAAAGUACGUUCCUGGGGAAAAUGUUGUUGUUUGGAAGAUGCAAAGGAUACAAGGCGGUCAAGAAUGCACCUUCAGCGCCACAGCAGAACUCACGAGCACGACACGAAGACAAGUCUGGGCUCGUCCGCCCAUCGACGUCGAUUUCCAGGUUUUGAUGUUCACGUCGUCAGGAUUGAUUGUGAGAUUCUUGAAGGUGUUUGAGAAGAGCAAUUACCAUAGUAUCAAGUGGGUGAGGUACUUGACGAAGGCUAGUGGGUCGUAUCAGAUCCGGUUCUGAGAAUUUGGUGCAUGUUCAUUCUUCUGUCGAUGGUUCUCUGUCUGCUGGAACAUUUGCCCUAUGUACCUACCUGUAUACUUUUGGACAUAUUUUAGUAUUGGAUAUUUAGUUGUCUUCAGCCAUCGUUGACGGUAUCUACAAGUCUAU